AUGUCUGUCCUUGAUCUGAACUCAGACUUGUCCAUCAGAAACCAAUGGGCUCGCCAGCAUAUCAACAGAGCCAUUCGACAAGAUUGGAACGCCAUUCUCGAACACAGCAAUGAUAAAUCCGAGUUAGGUUCUCUUCCUCUUAUUCCCAAGGCCUCUGAGCUCCCUCGUGCCCCUGCUCCUCAAAAGUCCUCUGCUCCCCAUGAUCAUGGAGCUCAAAAGCCUCGGGUCAUCAAGAUCGGUGUCAUUGGUGCUGGAGCAGCUGGCUUGUUCACGGGUAUGGUCUUGGACUAUCUUAAUAGUGAACUGAAGAAGGGUUCAAUCCCUCUCGCUUUUGAGUAUGAUAUCCACGAGGCGGCUGGGCCAGAUCGAGUUGGAGGUCGCCUGUUUACUUACAAUUUCGGUGGUCAACGCGAUACUCAUGACUACUAUGAUGUUGGCGCAAUGCGAUUUCCCGACAACCCAGUCAUGAAGCGCACAUUCGAGCUCUUUGGAAGGCUUGGCAUGGAAAAGACAGACCUAAAGACGAACCCCAGCGCGCCGGAUGGUUCUCUCAUUCCAUACUACAUGGCACCUAGCCCUUCCAACACAAACCCUUGGUGCUAUAACGACAUCACCAUUUGGGGCGCUUCUUAUCAGAGUGUUCAGACAUCUGCUGGCACUGUUGACCCGUUUCAAGUUGAUACUGAUAAAAGCAUCGACCCUGAGCUUCUCAAAGUCGGGCCAGAUGAGGUUGUAAAGGCCAACAUUGAGACACUUCGUCAGGCUCUGAAAGAAGAUGCUGAGCAGACUCCUCCUGGUGACAAAGGCUGGAAGAUGAUGAUGGAAUACGAUACAUACAGUACUCGACAAUUCUUGGGCACUGCAAACCCGAAUGUGAAACUCCCCAAGGACAUCCCUCCACCUCCUUAUAACUAUGAGACCAUCGAGUGGCUCGAGACCUUCAACGGAGGAACGGAUUGGUAUGACCAAGCUCACAGUGAGACUGUUCUUGAGUCCCUUGACUUUGAGUUCAGCCCUGACACCAAGUGGUUCUGUGUGCUCGGCGGCGCCCAACAGCUCGCCAAGAAGAUGGAAGAGAGAAUUGCUCGCAAACCCAAUUAUCACAACCCAGUCGCUGCUAUUCGCGCCCUUGACAAGAUGAAAGUGGAGCUCCGGAUUGAGGCUGGGAAAAGGCUUGAGAUUCGCUCAUACGACGCCGUCAUGGCCACUACUACGCUCGGAUGUCUUGGCCGUAUGGACACUCGUCAAGCUGGUCUAAGAUAUCCCGUCAAGCAAGCCAUCCGCUCUUUGGGCUAUGGUCAAUCCUGCAAAGUCGCCAUCAAGUUUGACCAUGCAUGGUGGAUCCACGAUCUCAAGGAUUUCAACAUUCGUGAAGCAGGUCUAGGUCACUCCGACCUCGCACUUCGAACUUGUGUCUAUCCUUCUUACAACAUCUACGACGACAAGUCCAAGACAGCUGUUCUUCUGUGCUCGUACACUUGGCAGCAGGACUCUGAUCGCCUUGGAUGUCUCAUGUCGACAAACAAAGACCAUAAGCAGAAGGUCGCUGAUGAGCAAGUGCUUAAAGAACUUCUGCUCCGUGAUCUAGCUAUCUUGCAUAGAAACAGUCAGAUUAGUGAACAGGAUCUGUACAAGAUCAUCAGAAAGAGCUAUGUCGACCAUCACGCCUAUAGUUGGACUGAGGAUGCCAACACUGCCGGAGCUUUCGCGUUCUUCAGGCCCCAGCAGUUCAGCUCCAUGUGGAACAGAGUGAUCCAGCCAUCUGGCGAUGUCAUUAUCGCCGGUGAAGCCUCAAGCCCCCACCAUGCUUGGGUCGUUGGUGCCCUUGAGAGUGUCGUCCAUGGACUUCACUCCUGGAUGGGCUCCAAUAUCACUCUGGUUCCUGAGCUGAAGCAUGCCAGAGAUAUUCUGGAGAAGGCCGAGCCUGGGAACCCCUUCGUCGGACUCCCUCCCUAUAUGGAUGUAAAUAUCUCCAACUGGCACGCUGUCAUGGGUGUCGUAAGUCGCGAUAAGCAUCUAGAGAAGAUGGGAACGUCUGACAAGAGCAACUUGCUGUCUACUGUGCUUUCGCACUUCGAUGUUGAGGUCUUGAAGAAGGAUAUUGCUUCUCGAUAA